UUUUUAUAGAGACAGGGUCUCACCAUGUUGCCCAGGCUGGUCUCGAACUCCUCGGCUCACAUGAUCUUCCAGUUGCAACCUCCCAAAGUGCUGAGAUUAUAGAUGCGAGCCACCGUACCUGACCAGCCUCGUCUUUUGCAUAUACACAGUAUGUAAAAGUGUAAAGUUUCCUGGCAGAGUUCAUUUCUACAACAGCUACCCUUAUGGGAAGAGGGGUUCUCACCUUAGGUGUGUGAGUUGCUGAGCAGGUGAACACAGCCCUCUCAACACGUGCUGGAGGGUGCCAGUGAACACGCGGGCCGUGCUCUGAGCCUGCAUUGCUAAGGGAAGCCAAGGGAUUCUGGGAGUCCAUCAGAGGCCGGCCUUUGAGAAAUGUGUUCAGUAACAGAAAAGGCUCCAGACUUGGAAACUGCCAAAGGGUGGCCCAGGUUCCUGCUUCAGGAUGACUCCAGAAAAAUGAACCGUGGGUACCGAUGGAUGUGGCCGAGAGCCCUGAACGGGAUCCUCGCUCUCCAGAGGAUGAAGAGCAGCCACAGGGGCUCUCGGACGAUGACAUUCUGAGGGACAGCGGGUCCGAUCAGGAUUUGGACGGGGCGGGGGUGAGGGCUUCUGAUUUGGAGGAUGAGGAGAGUGCAGCCAGGGGGCUGAGCCAGGAGGAGGAAGAUAACCACUCCGACGAGGACCGGGCGAGUGAGCCUAAAUCCCAAGAGCAGGACUCGGAGGUGAAUGAGCUGAGCCGGGGCCCGACCAGCCCCCCCUGCGAGGAGGAGGGGGACGACGGAGAGGAAGACAGGACAAGCGACCUUAGGGACGAGGCCUCCUCAGUCACCAGGGAGCUGGACGAGCAUGAGCUAGACUACGACGAGGAGGUCCCUGAGGAGCCGGCUCCUGCCGUCCAGGAGGACGAGGCCGAGAAAGCGGGGGCUGAGGAUGAGGAGGAGAAGGGCGAAGGCGCUCCCAGGGAGGAGGGGAAGGCUGGUGUUCAGAGUGUGGGAGAAAAGGAAUCCCCAGAGGCUGCCAAGGAGAAAAAGAAAGAGGACGAUGAUGGAGAGAUCGAUGACGGGGAAAUAGACGAUGAUGACCUGGAAGAAGGUGAAGUGAAGGACCCCAGUGACAGGAAGGUGAGACCUCGUCCCACCUGCCGGUUCUUCAUGAAAGAUGUUGUGACACCAUUAUCCACUCUUCUUCCACCAAUAUCCAAUUCCAUACCAUUCAGAGGCCAGGUUAAAGGGAACUGUACCUGGGGAAUGAAUUGUAGGUUUAUACACCCUGGAGUGAACGACAAGGGGAACUACUCCCUAAUCACCAAAGCCGACCCCUUCCCGCCUAAUGGCGCCCCGCCUCUCGGACCUCACCCGCUGAUGCCCGCCAACCCUUGGGGUGGGCCGGUAGUUGAUGAAAUUUUGCCUCCACCCCCUCCAGAGCCCCCAACAGAGAGUGCCUGGGAACGAGGACUCCGGCAUGCAAAGGAGGUUUUAAAAAAAGCAACUAUCCGAAAAGAACAGGAGCCUGAUUUUGAAGAGAAAAGGUUUACAGUGACCAUUGGCGAAGACGAACGGGAAUUUGACAAAGAAAAUGAAGCUUUUCGAGAUUGGAACUCUCGGAUCCCGAGAGAUGUCAGAGACACAGUACUCGAGCCUUAUGCGGACCCUUAUUACGACUAUGAAAUUGAGCGGUUUUGGCGUGGCGGACAGUAUGAGAAUUUCAGGGUGCAGUAUACAGAAACAGAGCCGUACCAUAAUUACCGAGAAAGGGAGCGGGAGCGAGAGAGAGAAAACAGACAGCGUGAGCGCGAGCGGGAGCGGGAGCGGGACCGAGAGCGGGAGCGCCGGCAGAGGGAGCGUGAGCGAGAGCGGGAGCGUGAGCGCGACAAGGAGCGGCAGCGGAGGAAGGAGGAGUGGGAGCGUGAGCGAGCCAAGCGGGACGAGAAGGACCGGCAGCACCGUGACCGCGACCGGGAGAAGGAGCGGGAGAAGGAGAAGGGGAAACCCAAGCCCCGCUCCCCGCAGCCACCAAGCCGCCAAGCUGAGCCACCAAAGAAGGAGGCCGCCACUGCGGGGCCGCAGGUGAAGCGAGCAGAUGAGUGGAAGGACCCUUGGCGCCGAUCCAAGUCUCCCAAGAAGAAACUCGGGGUGUCGGUCUCUCCGAGCCGGGCUCGAAGGCGUCGGAAAACAUCAGCCUCGUCGGCCUCUGCCUCUAAUUCCUCCAGGUCAUCUUCACGGUCAUCGUCCUACUCCGGCUCCGGCUCCUCCCGGUCACGAUCCCGGUCUUCAUCCUACAGCUCCUACUCCAGCCGCUCUUCCAGACACAGCUCAUUCUCAGGAAGCCGGUCCAGGUCCCGGUCCUUCUCUUCGUCCCCGUCCCCUUCCCCAACACCUUCCCCGCAUCGACCUUCCAUCAGAACCAAGGGGGAGCCAGCCCCGCCGCCCGGGAAAGCAGGAGAGAAGUCAGUGAAGAAGCCGGCCCUGCCUCAAGCCCCACCACAGGCCACCAAAACUGCUGCUCCUGUUCCCGAGCCCACCAAGCCAGGAGACCCUCGGGAAGCCAGGAGGAAGGAGCGGCCAGCCAGGACCCCCCCCAGGAGGCGGACGCUCAGCGGCAGCGGCAGCGGCAGUGGCAGCAGCUAUAGUGGUUCCAGCUCCCGAUCCAGGUCCCUGAGCGUGAGCAGUGUCUCCUCAGUGUCCAGUGCUACGUCGAGCAGCAGCUCUGCACACAGCGUGGACUCGGAGGACAUGUACGCAGACCUGGCUAGCCCCGUGUCCUCAGCCAGCUCUCGGUCCCCAGCCCCAGCCCAGACCAGGAAAGAGAAAGAUUUAUCAUUGGUAGGAAAAUCUAAGAAAGAAGACGGUGUUAAAGAGGAAAAGCGGAAAAGGGAUUCGUCCACGCAACCACCCAAAUCUGCAAAACCUCCAGCAGGGGGGAAGUCCUCCCAGCAGCCCUCAACCCCCCAGCAAGCACCCCCCGGGCAGCCCCAGCAGGGCACGUUUGUGGCCCACAAGGAGAUCAAGUUGACACUGUUGAAUAAGGCGGCUGAUAAAGGAAGCAGGAAGCGCUAUGAACCAUCAGACAAGGACAGGCAGAGCCCUCCUCCAGCCAAGCGGGCCAACACAUCCCCAGACCGAGGUGAGCCUCCCAGCCCCUAGGGGGCAGGGCAGGGGGCGGGAGCCUGGGGAUGCGGAGCAGCUGGACUCAGACCCCAUGGCUCUUAACAAGCAGGAGGGCCCAGAAAACAUCUGACUUGCAGAUUAUGCCUGUCAGUAUUACGGUGUUGAAAACUAAAACUAAGAAAAGUUUUUAAAUGUUUGCUUAAAAAUAACAGGAUCAGGCGCGGUGGCUCACGCCUGUAAUCCCAGCACUUUGGGAGGCUG